AGCCUGAAUUCUGGGAUGCUGCUUUGACCUUCAGCAGUAACAUCCAAGUCCUAUGUUAGUAUUUCGAAUUUUAAAGUCACCAGUUCAAACAAGAAGAGCAAUGGAUGAUUGAGGAAGAAAUGUAAAGGAGGUGUUCUCCAGAAAAGGCCUGGGAAAUUUAUAAGUAAAUAAAGACACAACAGGAAAGACUUGUGGGUUAAGUCUCAUCCUUCUCCGUGAAAGCACAGCUAAAGAAAAACUCAGAAAACCUAGGUAGCAGAAAAGUAUUUCUUCUGAGCACAGACAUUGAUUCUUUAAGACAACUCCUCUGUGUAUGGGACUCAGUUUAAACGAGUUUGGAACAUUUAAUUUACACUUAAAUAUGAGAGAAGCUGUCUAAGCAAGAACCAUUAAGAAUAUAAUGAGGAUGCUAUAUUUCAUCCCAAUUUGUAAUCAGCUAAUCACAGGAUAACCAAUGUGAAAAGUUUUUCAUCAUAUAUUCAACUUUGUUAGAUAGCUGAGAAUUACUAUUGGAGAGAAACCAUAUGAAUUUACUGAAUGUGGAAAAGCUUUCAUCCAUGUCACAUGUCAAGAGAUACUAAGGAAUUCUUGUUGGAGAAGGUAUCUGUGCAUGAUAAGAAUGUUGGAAAGCCUUCAGCCUGAGUCAGAUCUCCUUCAGCAUGAUCAAAUUCAUGCUGGAGAGAAACCUUAUGAAUGUAAUGACUGUGGAAAAACAUUUAACCUGAAGCAAAACCUCAUAGAGCAUAAGAAAAUGCAUACUGGAGAGAAAUCACAUGAAUGUAAUGAAUGUGGUAAAGAAUUCUCUCGAGUCUCAUCCCUUACUCUACAUUUGAGAAGUCAUACAGGAAAGAAACCAUAUAAAUGUAAUAAAUGUGGAAAAGCCUUCAGCCAGAAGGGAAACUUGCUUACUCAUCAAAAACAUCAUACUGGAGAGAAAAAUUAUGAAUGUGGGAAAGCUUCUAUUCAGAUGCCAAGCCUUAUUAAACACCAGAGAAAUCAUAUUGGAAACAAACCCUAUGUAUGUAAGGAAUGUGGCAAAGCCUUCAAUGGAAAAUCAUAUCUCUCUGAGCAUGAGAAAAUUCAUACAGGAGAGAAACCAUUUGAAUGUAAUCAAUGUGGAAGAGCCUUCAGCCAGAAGCAAUACCUCGUUAAACAUCAGAAUAUCCAUAGUGGAAAGAAACCCUUUAAAUGUAAUGAGUGUGGAAAAGCCUUUAGCCAGAAGGAAAACCUCAUUAUCCAUCAAAGAAUUCAUACUGGCGAGAAACCUUAUGAAUGUAAAGGGUGUGGGAAAGCUUUCAUUCAGAAGUCAAGCCUCAUUAGACACCAGAGAAGUCAUACAGGAGAGAAACCUUAUAUAUGUAAGGAAUGUGGAAAAGCCUUCAGUGGGAAAUCAAACCUCACUGAGCAUGAGAAAAUUCAUAUUGGAGAGAAACCCUAUAAAUGUAAUGAAUGUGGAACAAUCUUUAGGCAGAAGCAGUACCUCAUUAAACAUCACAAUAUUCAUACAGGAGAGAAACCCUAUGAAUGUAAUAAAUGUGGAAAAGCCUUCUCUCGAAUCACAUCUCUCAUUGUACAUGUGAGAAUUCAUACAGGUGAUAAGCCUUAUGAAUGUAAAAUAUGCGGGAAGGCCUUCUGUCAAAGCUCAUCUCUUACUGUGCAUAUGAGAAGCCAUACAGGUGAGAAGCCCUAUGGUUGUAAUGAAUGUGGGAAAGCCUUCUCUCAGUUCUCAACUCUUGCUCUGCAUAUGAGAAUCCACACUGGAGAAAAACCUUAUCAGUGUAAUGAAUGUGGAAAAGCUUUUAGCCAGAAGUCACAUCAUAUUAGACACCAGAGAAUUCAUACUAAUUAAAACUCUAUGAAUGCCUUGAAUUUGGGAACACCUUCAAGAGAAUUCGUAUUAAACAGUAUAUCAGAAAAUUCAUUUUACAGUAAAGUCACAUGAAUGUGGAAAAUCCUUCAGCAACAGCUCAAAAUGUAAUAUACUGAGAAUUUAAUAACUAUCACAGUAUCAUGAAAACCUACACCCCAAGACCCCCACAACAAACAUUGUUCCUGCUGUACUUUUAGGAGCAUUCUCAUUAAAGUAAGGAUCCAGUCAUGGACACUAAUCAACAUGGUUCUGGAAGGCCUACUUGAUGCAUUCAGACAAAGAUAUGCGAGGUAUUAAGAUGUGAAAUUAAGAGACAAAAUUGUCUUUUUUUUUUUUCCGGUAUGUGGGCCUCUCCUGUUGCAGAACACAGGCUCUGGACGCGCAGGCUCAACGGCCAUGGCUCACGGGCCUAGCCGCUCCGCGGUAUGUGGGAUCUCCCCAGACCGGGGCACGAACCCAUGUCCCCUGCCUCGGCAGGCGGACUCUCAACCACUGUGCCACCAGGGAAGCCCAAAAUUGUCAUUUUUUUGUUACAUGUUUUGCUACAUGUAUAGUCAUCAAAAUUAUUUGCUCUUGAUGCAGUAAUAGAAAACAAAGAUUGUGACAGAAUAUUAUAUCCAGAAACAUAUGCAUAUCUUUAUGGGGAAUUAGCAAUUGAUAGAGGUGGUAAUCACAAGUUGGUAGGAAAAUCUGGAUGAUUUAAAAAAUGGUCUCAGGGUAAUUGACUCUUCAUAUGGAAAAAUAUUAGAUCUUUGCUGUUGUUAUACAUUAAAGUAUUUAUUUAAAAAUCCAAAAGUGUUGUGAAGAUUAGAAUGCAAAGAGCAAAACUUAGUAAUAUAAGAAUUUUAUAGGAGAAUUUUUUCAAACCUCAGGGUAGGAAAGAAUUUCGAAAACAGAUUCCAGAAUACCCACUCUUGAGUAUACACACAUAUAGUGAAGAAACUGAUACAUGUACCCAGGGAGUCCUGUACCUUUAUGUUCAUUGCAGCAUGAGUUAUAUUAGCAAAAUAUUGGAAACAAAUAUCUGUCACUUUUGAAAUGGAUGAAUAAAAUGUGAUACAGUCACACUGUAUAAUAUUCUCUAGUAGUUAAGUUUAACAAAUUAAAUCUAUAUGUAUUAAUAGAGAAAGAUAUGAAAAUCAUGUAGAGUGAAAACAAAUGAAGUGAAUAUAUUAUAAUUAUACCUGUAUGAAUUUGAAUUAAAUCAACACUAGUAUUAAAGCAUUGGUUAUGGUGAACAUUUUUAUGUAAAACUAUGAAGAAUGGAUUGGAAGAAUACACACUCAAUUCCCAAAAGUGGUUGUCUCUAAAAAGAAAGGCAGUAGAAGGGAAAUGGGGCCAAACAUGGUAGUUAAAGGAUACUUCAGUUUUGUAUCUAAAUAUCUAUCUCAUUAAAAAGAAAUAAAGAUUCCAAGUAAAUAAAACAAAAUAUUAGUUAAAUCUGAAUUGUAAUAGUAUAUGAGUUUAUUCUGUUGUUUAUGCUGUUUCUUUUAAACUUCUGAAAAUUAAAAAAGAUAGGGAUAGGAGUAGGGAAACUAUAUGGAGUACAUGUUAUAGUGGAUUCACAUUCCCAGUUAGAUGCAGAUAUUUUACAGAAGAUAUUUCUACAAUCAUAACUUUACUAUAAAAUAUGAAUUUUAAAAAUUGGAAUGGUAACAAAUCUAGUUAUUUAAAUUUACUCUCAAAUAUCAUAUCAUUAAUCUCUGUGUGGUCUCUACUGAGACCACAGUAGAUUAUAGCAUGAUUUUGCAACAGGUGAUUGAAUCACAUACAUUUAAGGAUCAUAUCACUUAGUAAUACAUGCACAAACUUGUUGGAGAUAAUUAGUUUUUCAGAAACAUUUAUCAGAAAUUUUAAUAGUCCACAUAACCAAUAUUGGCAUUAGAAAUUUGACAUUUUUUAAAUGAGGAAAACAUGUCACUCUUACAUUUUUUUGUAUGCCAUUGAGUAAAACAUCAACUCUUGCAUUUCAGCUUGAGUUUUAAACUCAGACUAUUCUUUUUCUCUAACCUGCCACAGUCAAUCAAUUUCCCCCACCUCUAGUUUGUUUGUUUCCUUCAGGAAAAUGGCACUGAAAAGGGAGAUCUCAGACCUAAACAGAAUUCUUUUAUUAAAAGCAAAUCUUUAUGAGGAUUUUUGAUUCCUUUCCACAAUAACUUGACAUAUAGAAAGCAUUUAGUGCUCUUUUUGAAUAGUGAUAAAAAAUGAGUAUGUAACAGAAAACUUAGGCUGCUUUCAAAUAUAUCAAUUUCUUUUAAACCCAGAAUAAUACUAUGCUACUAUAACUAUAGCACUGCAUGGCUUAUUAUUAGCAUAUUUGAAGGUUGGUCUUGAGAUAAGAUUAUAAAUGCCAUAGGUUGACUUUGUGAGGUAAUGUAUCCAAAUAAGAUACAUGUAUAUCUAUGUGAAUCUAAAUUAUCCUCUCUUUUCUUCCAUUUCUCAUUAAGCAUUCUCUCAUAUUCCUUAAGUGUUAUCCCUUUGUGCUGGUGCAGCUUUGAAAUCACCAGAGCAACUAGGAACUCUAAUCCAGACCAAAUAAGGAGGAUUACCUUUUGGUGCCUAUAGCUGGUCAGUGCCAAGGCCUAGCAACAAUAAUGAUUAUAAUGGUCAGAUAGAGUAAGAUAAGCAGUUGCUGCACAGUAUUCAGUGAUAUUGUGUGCUAUAAAUUUAUUCAGCCAUCCCCCCUACUAAUUCAACUUGUUGCUAGUUAUUUGCCAUCACAAACAACACUAUAGUAAACACCCUUAUAUUGGCCCUUACCUUUUAUUUUUAUUUCUGGGGGAUAGUUUAUAGGCAACAGACUGCUAGAUCAAAGGGUAUGUGUUAUUUUAAAAUUUUAAGAUGCAAUCAGUUAUUUUCAAAAAGACAAGUUUUCUCCAGCCAUGCAAUAGGCGGUAUUAUACUAAAAUUCAUGUUUGAUGAGUAUAAACUUCAUCUUUUCCUAGAUUUGCUUCUUUGUAAAUUUUCAUAUUAGCCUAUUUUCCUAUAGGAUUAUUUAUCUUUUUGUCAGUUUUGAAGACUUCUACAUGUAUUAGACAUUAGGAAGUUUAUGGAUUGGUUAUAGAGAUAUUUUAAUCUCUAGAUUAUAUAUGUUAUUUCUUAGGUUUUCUUAUAAAUUGUCUAUUUCCUUUUUGCAAUAUAUUAAUAUUUAAUCCAUCUAGAAUUGAAUUUUUAAUGUCAUAUAUGAGGGUUCAUUUUCUUUUCUUCCAGAUGGGUUGCCAGUUAUACAAGCACAAUUUGUUAAAAUAAUCCAGCAGCCAGUUUAUCAGCAAGUCACACAGCUCUGACACCUGCAUGUCCACCAGAAGCAAUCACAGAUUUGAACUAGCAAUCAAAAAGAGAGAGGGAGAACAGAAUAAGCUUUAACCUGGCAUUAAGUUUAUUAUUAGAUUUGUCCUGACAAAAAAAUGUCUUCACAGCAUGUUCAUCGACAGUCCUGCAACUAUCCAAGCAAGCACAGCUUCCACUGCUUCAGCACUGCACAGAGGAGAAAAGAUCAAAAUGGGCGUGGUUCACCUCAGCACUGGGAAACAUUAACAUUCUCAUCCAGCAUAUUUUAUAAUAAUCAACCAGGGCAUCUGCACGGUGUGCCACCAUCACAUGGGGCACACCCACUUGUAACAAUGAUAAUCAUUUAAGCACAGAGAAGCCACUGCCUUGGUUUCCCAGGACUUGUGAUGCCUUACUUAUAUAGGCUGUCAAUGUCUACAUGCCAGUUAACAGUUCGCCCCAUCCAGAUACAGGCUACAGAUGAGAGAUUUACAGUGGUGUUUUCUUCAAGGAAACUGGUAGAAAGGCAAAUCUAAAGUCAUUUUUCCAGAGAUGAAUCAGUGGGAAAGACCUGUUCUUAAUCCUUUACUGAUAACCACACUUUUCCUACUCAACUAAAACUUUGCUAUGUAAUCCUUUAACCAUAUGAUCUUUUUUUCAUUCAACUUAAACUGCCUUAUAUUUUGAUUUAUACCAAGACCUAUUUCUAUAUUCUCUUGCUUCAUUAAUCUGUUUUUCUAUUCCUAUACUAACACCAUAUUAAUUGAUAACAUAUUAGCCUUAUUGUAUUUUGAUACUGAGUAUUACAGCAAGUCCCCCACUCACUGUUUUUCAGUUUUAUUGGCUAAUCUAAGUUAAUUUUCUUUCUAUAUAAAUUAAGAUAGUUUUCUCAAAUUACAAAAACGCUUUGAUAUUCUAAUUGGAAUUACACUAAAUUUAUACACUUACUUUGGGAGAAAUGACAUUUAUGAUACUGUCUUUCUGUCCCAAAACAUAGUAUGCCUUUGCAUUUGUUCAAAUUGUGAUUCACGUCCUUCAGCAUGAGGAUUCUGAACAAAGUAAUUUGAAGCCCAUCACUGCUUAGUACCAUUAUAUUAAAGUUUCUUUUCGGUGAAUAAGGAAAUUCCCCCUCCACCCCAGCCCAGAAUUCAUGUGUGGAAGCCCUAAUCUGCAAUGUGAUGGUAUUUGGAGAUGGGGCCUUAGGGAGAUUAAUUAGUUUUAGAUUAGGUGGCACACUUAUGAUGGGAGUAUUGCCCUUAUAAGGAAUGUCUCGUGUAUGCACCAAGCACACAGUGAGACAGCAGCUGUCUACAACCCAGGAAAUGGACCUUCACCAAAUCUUCCAGCACUUUGCUAUUGGGACUUCUUAGCCUCUAGAACUGUGAGA